CGAUCAUGGAAGAUUAUCCUAAGUACACUGUUUAUAUCAACCUUUCUUCUUGUUGGACUUCUAAAUCAUCAGUGGCUUAAAGAAACAGAGUUUCCUCAAAAACCCAGACAACUAUAUAAUCUCAUUGCAGAAUAUGGCUCCCGUCUCUAUAAUUACCAGGCCAGACUUCGCAUGCCUAAAGAGCAACAGGAAAUUUUAAAGAAGGAAAGCCAGACUUUGGAGAACAAUUUUCGUGAAAUUCUGUUUUUAAUUGAACAAAUAGAUGUUCUGAAGGCGUUGCUUAAAGACAUGAAGGACGGCGUACACAAUCACAGCUUGCCUGUCCACAGAGAGGCUGUGCAGGACCAGGCCACUGCUGAAGUUCUAGAUGAGGAAAUGUCAAACUUGGUACAUUAUGUACUUAAAAAGUUCAGAGGGGACCAAAUACAGUUGGCUGAUUAUGCCCUGAAGUCAGCUGGAGCAUCUGUCAUUGAAGCUGGGACCUCAGAAAGUUACAAAAAUAAUAAAGCAAAACUGUACUGGCAUGGGAUAGGAUUCCUCAACUAUGAGAUGCCUCCGGACAUGAUUCUUCAGCCAGAUGUCCACCCUGGGAAAUGCUGGGCCUUUCCAGGUUCCCAGGGCCACAUCUUGAUUAAGCUCGCCAGGAAGAUCAUCCCGACAGCAGUUACCAUGGAGCACAUCUCGGAGAAGGUGUCCCCGUCAGGAAACAUCUCAAGUGCACCCAAGGAGUUCUCUGUCUAUGGCAUUAUGAAGAAAUGUGAAGGAGAAGAAAUGUUCCUGGGUCAGUUUAUUUAUAACAAACUGGAAGCAACCAUUCAAACAUUUGAGCUCCAGAAUGAAGCUUCUGAAUCUUUGCUAUGUGUAAAACUUCAAAUCCUUAGCAACUGGGGACAUCCAAAGUAUACUUGUUUGUACCGAUUUAGAGUCCACGGCAUCCCCAGUGAUUACACUUAG